UUCUAUUACAGUUUGCAGUUUACCCUACCACAGUCUUUUUACAGUUUAGCUCAGCUUAGUUAAACUAUGGAGAUAACGAUGAUUCACAGCAACUACUUAAUAUUAAUAAUAAGCAUAAGUAGAAGAACUAGGCACUAAACCAAAAUGGGAUCCUACUUAAAUGUAUGGGAACCCGUACUAGUAAAUAAGAGUAAUCGACCAGUUCUAGCGGAUGGAGAAUAUAAUAUACUAAUAAGAGAUAAUAUGGGAUUAUAUCAGGGGAAACUGAAAAUCUUGGGAAGACAGAAUGGAAGAAUUUAUUUAACUAAUAAAAGGAUUAUAUAUUUUGAUAAUGAUACUAAUGCUAAUUGUAUGGCACUUCCAUUAAGUAUAGUUAGUAAUUGUGAAAUAAUUGAAGGAUUCUUUCGUUCAUCUCCUAAGUUAAAGAUUCAUAUUCGAUCUUCAAAUGAGUCAAAUGAUUUAAGUAAAUCCAAUUCAGAAACCAAUGGUACUUUUCCCUCCACCAAUGGAAUUGGUUCUAAAGUUAAUAUAAUUAAUUGGGCAUGUAAAAUAUGCUCAUAUAAUAAUCAAAUAAGUUCCAAUUUUGAUUUUGAAGAAAAUGAUGUUCCCAAAUGUGUAUCUUGUGGUAUACGACCUAAUAAACAAUAUCUAAUGAAACUUCUUGAAGAAGCUACUCGAAAGAAUUCCAUUAAUGAUAAAGAUCAAACAAUUCCAGACAAUAAUGGUGGUGAUAAUAAUAGUCCAACAAUUGUUGAUUCAACUGCCAUGAUAAUUGAAGAUUCUCUGAAUCAUCAACUAAUUGAAAGAAGAGAUGAUCAAUGUCCUACUUGUACUUUUAUAAAUCAUCCUUCUAUGAAAUACUGUGAAUUAUGUGGAACUGAAUUGAAAACUAGUUUACCUCCUAGUCUUCAAUCUAAAUUAAGUAAUAAUGUCUCUAAUGUAUCUAUUAUAUCUAAAGAUACUGAUAUCACCAAUAAUCCUUUAAGAUUAAAAAUAGAAACUAGUGAAGAAAUCUAUACCAAUAAUAAACCUUAUAUUAAAUUAAGUUUUAGAAAGGGAGGAUAUCUAGAAUUUAAUCAGAAAUUAAUAGAAAUAUUAGAUGAAUUAAAAUGGGAUUCUUUAAAGAAUAAAGGUGUCAUUAAUCAAAACUCAAUCAAACAACAAACUCCAAAAUUAAGAAAGGAAUCUCUUAGAGGUCCCGGUAUUCAUGGAUUAGAAUUACAAGGAGAACAUCAAAGAAAGACUAAUGAGAUUAUUUUAAGUAAUACAUUGGAUGAUUUAGAACAAUUAAUGUUUAAAUAUCAAGAUGUAUUAAAAUUAUCUGACUCAUUCGUAAGAUUUGUUAGACCACAAGUAAACUCUUCAAAAUAUACCGUUUCAACUUCAGUAAUUCCUCCUUUAUUAAUAAAAAAAAGUUCUACACUUUAUCUACAAGAAUUAUCACGACAUAUAAGUGAAUAUCUGAUUAAUUUUGAAUUAACUAAAGCUUCAUCAAUGAUAACAACAGAAGAAUUAUUUGCCAAUUAUAAUCGUUAUUUAGUAUCAACUCAGGGUUUUGGUACUGAACUCAUUGAACCUAAUGAUUUCAAUAAAUCUAUUGAAUUAUUUGAAGAACUUAAUUUACCAAUUAAAUUAAAAAGAUAUGAAGCUUCAGGACUUGUGGUUAUUUCUCAAAGAAGUUCAACUGAUUCAUAUCAAAAUUUUAUUUUAAAAUGUAUUAAUAGUUUCGAAUAUGAAUUUCGAUAUAAUAAAUUAAAGAAUAUUGAACUUGGAUUAGGUAAUGAUCAAAUUCUUAGUAAUGAAUACAAUUUUUUCAAGGGACUUACAAUAUCUCAAUUGACUGAUCAACUUGAAUGGUCUUAUAAUGUUACAGUUCAAGAAGUAGAAACAUGUGUAAAUAAUGGAUCUAUUGUAAUAGAUCAAAGUAUUGCAGGUACAUUUUAUCAUAUUAAUAAAUUUUCUUCUAAUUAUGAAGAUCCUAUAGAUGAAACUAAACUUAUCGAAAAGAUAAAACAGGAAAUUCUUAAUGAACAAAAUAAUAUUACCAAUACUUUAAAGUCUCAAUAUGAUCAAGAAAAUUCUGGUAAUUUAAUUAAUGUUAAACCAGACUAUACUUUUGGAAUAGGGAGAAUUACUCAACUUGUAAAUCAAGAUACUGGUGGUAAUGGUAGUGAACUAGAAAGUUUCCGUAACACUCCUGAUCCUUCAUUACAUUCCCAAUAUGAGUCAUUGAAUGACUUACAGGGACUCACAUUUGAGUAAAGUCCCAUGUAUAUAACACCCAGCAUUCAGCAAUCUGAUCCCAACACCCAGCAUUCAGUACCCAUCAUUCAGUACCCAGCAUUCAGCAUAUAGCAUUACGUAUAUUUAUUUAAUAGACAUUUUUAAUAACGGA